GGAAAAAAAACGAGUCAACCCCGAUGCACAAGGGGAUCGAAUAGGAGGAUAAGCCCGUCGAGUAGCCAGAAAUCGCAGAUGGAGGCAGCUAUUUUGAGCGGUUUGUUGAAAAUACUCGCGUCGAGGAUGCUCUCUCUGGUAGAUCAGAAGUACAAUCUGUACAAGGGAUUCAAAGGCGACGCAGAAUUUCUGUUGAAGGAGCUCCGCAUGAUCGCCGGAGCCAUUGACGAGCAGCUCUUGCGGACGGUGAGCCGUGGAAGCGUGCUGCUGCUGUCCAUCGAAGAGCUUCGCGACCUGGCUCGCGACAUAGAGGACUGCGUAGAUCGCAUCAUGUAUCAGAAAACUCGGGAUCAGCAAGCUUCUCUUUUCAGUAUCAAUUCCGUCACGGGAACGUCGAAGCUUCAGUUGGCCAAAGAGAUGAAGAAGCUGAGGAAGAGAGCAGACGAAGCGAAAGAGCGGCGAGAAAGAUACACGGUGGUCGUCGGUCAUCAGUCCUCCCCUGUCAGCUCGGAUGAGCAACGCUGCUCCGGUGCAUCUGACGGGAGAAACCUCCAGGCUGAUCUCGUCGGCAUCGACCUGCCCCGAGAAGAACUUCUGGAGCAUCUGAAAGAAGCCGAGCCGAAGAAGCUUAAGGUGAUAUCGAUUGUUGGGUUCUGCGGCUUGGGGAAGACUGCACUUGCAAGGGAGUUGUACAACAACAGCGGUCUCGGCCGGAGUUUCAGUAAACAGGCCUGGGUUUCUGCGGCACAUGGUGAUCCGAGCAAGGUGUUGAGGGAGAUAAUCGGACAACUGGUAUCUAACCCGCCAUCGGAUGCCUCCGUUGUCGACCUGGACCAGCUUAUUGUAAAUCUCACUGAUCAGCUGACCAACUUGAGGUAUUUCAUUGUAAUAGAUGACAUGCGAAAAGAUUUGUGGAGUACUAUUGAAUCUGCCUUCCCGAAGGAUGGUUUCAGCAGUAGAAUAGUGGUGACCACAACAGUGCAAUCAGUAGCUAAAGCCUGCAGUUCAGCCAAUGGCUAUGUAUAUAAAAUUAGAAGGCUAGAUAAGAUACACUCAAAAAAAUUGUUCUUGAAGAAUGCUUGUCCGGUGGAAUAUCAAGAUUACAUUCAGCCUGAUUCAGUACGGAUUUUGAAGAAAUGUGAUGGUCAAGCACUCGCCCUUCUUACAGUAGGUCAAUUCUUGCGAAAAAUGGGCUGGCCAAGAGAACCCAAGUGUGAAGAUGCUUGCAACCAGCUAUGCAAUCAUCUGGAGGAUGACGACACCUUGGAGAGAAUGCGACAGGUGCUGAUUCAUGAGUACUCUACACUAUCUUGCCAUGCUCUCAAAGCCUGCUUGCUAUAUUUUGGCAUGUUCCCCAGUGGUCAUUCAAUCAGGAGAAAAAGACUACUCAGGCGAUGGUCAGCUGAAGGAUUUGUAGAAGCACUACCUUCAGGUUCUUUUCCUGAUCCAGCAGUUGAGAAUUUCAAUAAGCUCAUGGACAGAAAUAUCAUUCAACCCAUUGAUCUAAGCAGCAACGAGGAGGUGAAGACAUGUCAAACUUAUGGCAUGAUGCGCGAGUUCAUUUUGCUCAAAUCUAUUUCUCAGGAUUUUAUUGCUGUCUUUGGUGACAAGAAGCUCCAAUACCAACAUGUCCGUCGCCUUUGUCUCCAAAACAAUAGUGCUGUAGAUAGCAGCAAUCUUGACAUCGAUUUGACUCUUGUCCGAUCUCUGGUAGUCUUUGGGAAAGCAGGUAAAGCUAUUUUGGAUUUCAAGAAGUAUCAACUGCUUCGAGUCUUAGAUCUUGAAGAAUGUACUGACUUGGACGAUGAUCAUCUCAUUCAAGUGUGCAACCUUUUUCUUCUAAGAUAUUUGAGCCUUGGGGGCAAAGUCACCAAACUUCCAGAAGAGAUAACUAAACUGAAACUUUUGGAGACACUUGAUCUUAGGAGAAGAAAGGAGGUGACUAUCAACCUGUCAACAGAAGUCAUCAAGCUACCAUAUUUAAUUAAUCUGCUUGGAAAGUUUAAGCUCCUAAAUAAAGCCAAGAGAUUGAACGAACUGCAGAAGUUUUUGUCCGAAAACUGUAGAUUGCAGACACUAGCAGGAUUUAGCACAGACGGAAGUGAAGGAUUUCCAGAACUUAUGGGCCACAUGAAGCAAUUGAGAAAGGUGAAAGUUUGGUGUACUGAACUAUCAGCAAGUAGUUCUGGGUUUACUAAUCUUCAAAAUGCCAUUCAAAAAUUUAUACAUGACGAACAGAAUGGAUUCAACGAUCCUCGCUCUUUGUCGCUUAACUUUGAUAAUUGCCCUGAAGACUUCCUCUACGAGAUAAAAGCCCCAUGCUACCUUCGAUCGUUGAAAUUACAUGCUAAAUUACUGGAAUCGCCCAAAUUUGUGGUACUAUUGCGUGGCCUCCAGGAGUUGUGCAUUUCAUCAUCAGCUACAAAAUUGACCACAGGUCUUCUUUCAGCUUUGAGUAACCUGAGGAAAUUGAAGUAUCUCAAGCUGAUUGCAGAUCAACUUGAGGAGUUCAUUAUUAAGGAUAAUGCAUUGCCAAGCCUGCUAAGCCUAUGUUUUGUGCUGAACCGUCCUACAUUCCCGGUAAUCAAAGGAAAUGCUUUGAGGUUUCUCAAAUCACUCCAGCUUCUCUGUAAAAAUCUAGUUGGCCUUUCAGAGAUCAACAUUAAUUGUCUCAAACGCCUUGAGGAAGUCGUUCUUCAUCCAUGUGUGAACAAAGCAACUAAAGUUACAUGGGAAAGGGCAGCUAAGGAACAUCCCAAUAGGCCAAAAGUUUUGGUGCUUGAAAAGGUUGAUCUAGCAGAUGGCCAUGAAGAAGAUUCAGAUUCGACCCCAACUGAAAUUGUGACAAAUAAGGAAUCUACUGUUGCAGGAAAUGGAGCAGAUAUUGACAAACAGAACUAUAUUGACAAACAGAACUAUCCUACCAGUAAUAUGUCACGUGCAAUGGUUUCCCCUGCUUUGACUGAGCCAUGCAGCGCUGGGAAUGGUGUGGAGUCCUCUUGUGCCUGACGACACGUACAUUGGAAGAGUUGUUUGUGGAUUGUCAUUGCUCUGAGCUGAUUUACUGUGUUGGUACAUGGUACUGCUAGUUCUGUUGACUAGAAUCUCAGAAACAAAUACGGCUCAUUUCAACGUUGAGAAGAUAUAUUGACGACAUUUGGUUGCUUCCGUUGCAAUAUCUGUGCUCCUUUGUACUUCAAUUGCAAUUUGCAAGGUUUGUCUUUCUUCGAUUCAAAUCACUGGACAUCUGUCUGGUCAAUUUGCAAGGUUUGUCUUUCUUCAAUUCAAAUCACUGGACAUCUGUCUGGUCAAAAUGAAGUUCACCAUGUUGUUCUUUGUUGUUAGUGCUUGUAAUUGUUGUAACAUAUUCAGAAACACAUUGUUGUACCUUGUGCUAAGUGAGAAACUAUAUUUUUGUUGUACCUUGGUGCGGUGCAGCACGAUUGCUGGUCUGUAUCUGAUAUGCCACUUAUGUUUUUUAAUUAAUAAAAAAACUGUUUUUAA